AUGGGCCAUACCAGUUUGGAAGUGUUGCCGACCAGUAAAACAUUUGGAAUACGACAUUUGCAGUGUUUGUUGCUGGCCUUGGGCCUUUCAGUGGGCUAUGCCACUCGUGUAAAUCUCUCGGUGGCCAUUGUGGCAAUGACGGACAUGAAUGACAAGCAGGAAGGUGUUGAGAUUUUCCAAUGGACGGAGAAGCAAAAGUCGAUGAUUCAAAGCAGCUUCUUUUUUGGCUAUGUGGUAACUCAAAUUCCGGCCGGAUAUCUGUGCCGUGUAUGGGGUGCUAAAUGUAUAUUCCUAUGGGGCAAUAUCAUUAGUUCCACAUUGGCCUUAUUGACACCGUAUCUGGUAAUGGUUGGUGAUUGGCAGCUGUUGAUAGUGGCUCGUGUCAUACAGGGUUUCUCACAAGGUGUUAUGUUUCCCUGUACCCAUAGUGUGUUGUCCCGUUGGUCACCACCAGGUGAGAGAGCCACAUUGUGCGGUUUAGCCUACGCCGGAACAUUUUUAGGUGCCGUGGUAAUGUUCGGCAGCAGUGGCUGGAUUAUAUCCUGUCUCCAUGGAUGGCCCAGCAUUUUCUAUAUAUCUGGUGUCUUGGGUUUCAUGUGGUGUUUAGUUUGGCACAUGUGGGGUGCAAACACUCCACACUCCUACAAAAAUAUUUCACCCGAAGAAAAAUCAAUGAUUUUAAAAUCCCUGGAACAGCCCACACAAAAUACGGAAAAGCGCUCGGAAGCACCAGCCAAAACUCCUUUACGUGAAAUCGUCAAAUCAUUGCCAUGUUGGGCUUUACUGGUCGAUCACUGUGCCCAUAAUUGGGGUUUUUGGACGUUACUCACUCAACUGCCAACCUAUAUGAAAUAUAUACUCAACAUGAACAUACAAAGUAAUGCCCUAUUUUCGGCCCUGCCCUAUUUGAUUAUGUUACUUUUGACAUUCUUCUUCGGGUAUUUGGCCGAUUUGCUGCACAAACGUCAAUGGGUAUCGACAAAUGUUAGUCGCAAACUUUUAAACACUAUUGGUCAAUGGCUGCCCAUGGUUUCCCUGGUGGCAUUGGGUUUUUGCGAUUCCAGUCAUUUGAUGUGGGCUGUAACAUUCAUCGUCCUCGCCGUUGGUCUUAAUUCCUCCUCAUUUUUGGGUUUCCAAGUCAAUCACAUGGAUUUGUCGCCAAACUUCGCCUCAGUUCUGAUGGGUAUUACCAAUACCGCAGCAAAUCUGAUGAGUAUUUUUGCACCUCUAACCGUGGGCAUUGUGGUAACAGAUGUGACCAAUCCCCUGCAAUGGCGUAUCGUAUUCUUCAUUGCUGCCGGUUUUUAUUUUGUGGGUAACUUAAGUUUCUUAGUCUUUGGCCAAACCAAAGUCCAAAAAUGGAAUGAACCCUCACCACAACCUCUGGAAAUGCAAUUGAUGGACCCAAGUCCAUCUUCCCCAAAUAAGGAAAAUGAAAAUGACAAAUAA